GACUUUGUUUGGUGUAUGAGUUUUUCACAAUCCUAUCCCAAUCACUUUCAGAUAAGAGAUCUGACUUCACUCAGUGCAGCAACUGUACGAGUAGCAGCUGUACAAAGCCAUUAGUCCUGAAAUAAAUCCACUUAGGUUAUUUCUUUUUUGUUAAGUAGAGAAUCUGUGGAGGUUUUCUUUGUUCUUUUUUUUUUUAAGAGGCAGCCAUGAUCAGCCGUAACUUCAAGAAUGUGUUGGUGGUCUCUCUUGGGUUUCUGUCUCUGUUCACGGCUUACGGAGGCCUGCAAAGUUUACAGAGCAGUCUGAAUGCAGAGCAGGGGAUGGGCGUGGCAUCUCUGAGCGUCAUCUACGCCUCAAUCAUCAUCUCCUCCAUGUUCCUACCUCCCCUCAUGAUCAAAAACCUGGGCUGUAAAUGGACUAUUGUUGUUGGCAUGGCCUGCUACGUCUCCUACUCCUUUGGAAACCUCUACCCGGGAUGGUACACCCUCAUGCCCACCUCAGUGAUCCUGGGUUUGGGUGGCUCUCCUCUGUGGUCGGCUAAAUGCACCUACCUGACCAUCUCCGGCAACAUACAAGCUUCCAAGGACGGCAAAAAAGGAUCCGACGUCAUCAACCAAUACUUUGGCAUCUUCUUUUUCAUCUUUCAGUCGUCUGCUGUGUGGGGAAACCUCAUGUCGUCGCUCAUCUUUGGACAGGACACCAACAUAGCUUUCAUCCCAGAAGAGCAGCUGCUGACUUGUGGAGCGGCUGACUGCGGCCUCAACAUCAGCGCCAACAGCACGACCACCAGACCUGCUCAGCAGCUGGUGUGGACACUCGUCGGAUGUUACAUCGGCGUGGGUGUGCUGGCCAUGCUCAUUGUGGGGGUGUUUCUGGACAACAUUGACCAGGAGCAGUCCAGUCAGUUUCGUGGGAACCGGGAGCCGUUCUGCCACACCUUCCUGGCCACGUUCAGACUGCUGAAGGACUGGAGGCUGGUGACCCUCAUCCCUCUCACCAUGUACAGCGGCUUCGAACAGAGCUUCCUCUCUGGGGAGUACACCAAGAACUAUGUGACGUGUGCUUUGGGGAUCCAUUUCGUUGGCUAUGUGAUGAUGUGCUUUGGAGCCACUAACUCUCUUUGCUCCUUUCUCUUUGGAAGACUCGCUCGGUACACAGGGAGAGCAGCACUCUUCUUCCUGGCUGCACUGACCAAUUUUGCCUGUAUCAUGGCUCUUUUGUUCUGGAGGCCUCAUCCUGACGAGCUGCCUGUCUUCUUUGUGUUUCCUGCUCUGUGGGGGAUGGCAGACGCUAUCUGGCAAACUCAGACCAACGCUCUUUACGGCAUCCUCUUCCCCCGGCACAAAGAGGCAGCAUUUGCCAACUAUCGUAUGUGGGAGUCACUCGGAUUCGUUAUCGCCUUCGCCUACAGCACCUUCAUAUGCCUGGAGUAUAAACUGUACAUCCUGCUGAGCGUUCUGCUGCUCACCGUCGUCACAUACCCCAUAGUGGAGUACUACGAAUACAAGAAUCCCACACUGCCCGUUCACGAGGGGACCUACCUAAGGCACAAGGAAACUAUUCAAACACAUGACAAAAAUAUCAUUUGUCAGACAGAAAUGUAGAGACUAAAUUUCAAAUGUUUUGCUUGUUUUUUACAUCCUGGUCUGGCCAUUAAGUUGCCAAUAAAGUGUCUAAAACUGAUGCCAAAAUGUUCAAAUUACUGACUACUGAAUAAACUCAAAAGCAUGUAAUGAGAAUGGUGGAACUUCAA